AUGAGUGACCGAAGUAAACUUCUGACCAAUAGGCGUUGUGGUACCGAACCACUGAACGGCGAAAGCGUGUUUCAUAACUGCGCCCGUACAAAUAGUGCAAAUGGAAUCGACAACGCCGUGUCAGCUGGCCCCGAGAACGUUACAAUCAAUCGACAGGAGAAAGCGUUGAUCGUCGCCGCACAGCACACAGCCUGCCGCGAGAUGGCCGCGUUGUUCUGGCUAAGAGCGGAAAUCAAUCUACAGGACAAGGAAGGUAACACAGCUCUGCAUUAUGCCGUUUGGACCGUGUCGGAAAAAGCGGAUGAGAUUCUCUCGACCGCUGCAGCGGAUUUUAACAUCCUUAAUUCCGACGGAACACCGCAAAUUAAUAAUAUUGACAACAACGGCCACAGCGCCUUGAAAAAUGCCGUCGGACGCGGAAUCGAAACACCAGUUGACGUUCUCUUGCAACAAGACGCAAAUAUUACACAGUUAGACAAAGCGGGAAAUUCCAUGUUACAUAUUGCAUGUGAAAUUCCACUACACCUAGCAUGUGCACUGAAUAAUGCAGCCGUAGUUACCGAGCUAUGUGCGCGUAGGGCCAAUAUCACAGCGCAGGACAGCAGCAGGCGGACACCGUUGAUGUCAGCAAUAAUGUCAGGAAGUCAGCGGUCCGCACUCGUGCUGUUAAAAUGGGAAUUUGUCAGGGAAAAAGACCUACUCGAAUUGUCAGACGAAAACGACAUGAACGCGCUACAAUAUUGUAUUUUAUUUAAUGACCAAUCGACAGCGGCCAGAAUUAGAGCGGUCGAGUUGGCACUGCUUAACGCCCAACGCGCUACCCCACCGACGCAAAACCUUUAUUUAAAUGCGGGCGACACUUCACCGCCAGUUUUCAUAACUACCGAUCCCCUAGAAAUCACGCAAGACGAAUAA